UCCCAGCUAUCAGGACACUUCUGGAAGAAGAAAGCCGGGAUCCUGUCAGAAGAAGUUCCUGAUCUUGUGUUGUUCUCAGUGCAGCCCCCUCCUCCCCCGGCACUGGGAGGGGACAGUGAGGGGUCAGGGAGAUCUGGGAGGCGGGGACACCCCCCCCCUCCUUCUUUUUGGAAAAAAAAAAAAAAAGAAAGACAAUCACGUGGAUGAGAUGAAAGGGAUGCCGCCUGGCAGAGCAGGGAGAGGGAGCGGAGCGAGGAUUCUCAGCCAUGUAAUGGUGAAAUGAUCGGGAAGGUCUCCCCCCAUGUGAUCCCUCCUGACUGAUCGCCCUUCUCCGAUCCUCCUGCUCAAUCCCCCGGGCCCCGGGACUAGUCGGAAAUGAUGUCGAUCCCCCAUCCUGCGAGAUGAAAGAGCCGAGGAUCCGGGGGAGCCUACUGUGGCUGGGGCUCCUGCUGGCUCUGGCCCCCGGGGGCUCCCUGGCCAAGGAGACUGCCUUCGUGGAAGUGGUUCUGUUCGAGUCCAGUCCCAAUGGAGAUUAUAAAACGCACACUACUGAGUUACAGGGGAGGUUCUCCCGGGCAGGAGCCACCAUCAGCGCCGAGGGGGAGAUCGUUCAGAUGCACCCGUUGGGACUUUGCAAUAACAACGAUGAAGAAGAUUUGUAUGAAUAUGGCUGGGUUGGUGUCGUAAAACUUGAACAGCCUGAAAUGGAUCCAAAACCAUGUCUGACUGUGUUGGGAAAGGCUAAGCGGGCGGUGCAGAGAGGGGCUACAGCAGUUAUCUUUGAUGUCUCAGACAACCCUGAUGCCGUUGAGCAGCUGAAUCAAGGCUUGGAAGAUCCACUUAAAAGGCCAGUUGUAUAUAUGAAAGGCACUGAUGCUAUUAAACUCAUGAACAUUGUCAACAAGCAGAAAGGUGCACGAGCAAGAAUUCAGCACCGUCCACCUCGGCAACCUACUGAAUACUUUGAUAUGGGUAUCUUCUUGGCCUUCUUUGUGGUGGUGUCACUGGUCUGCCUUAUUCUCCUUAUCAAGAUCAAAUUAAAGCAAAGAAGAAGCCAGAACUCCAUGAAUAGGAUGGCAGUUCAGGCACUAGAAAAAAUGGAGACCAGAAAAUUUAAAGCCAAGGGCAAAGUACCUCAUGAGGGUAGCUGCGGAGGGCUUGAUACACUCAGUAGCAGUUCAACCUCAGACUGUGCCAUAUGCCUUGAAAAAUAUAUUGAUGGGGAGGAGCUGAGAGUCAUUCCUUGCACACAUCGGUUUCACAAGAGGUGUGUGGACCCAUGGCUUUUACAAAAUCAUACAUGCCCACAUUGUAGGCAUAAUAUUAUCGAGCAAAAGAAAGGAGGUCAUGGUACUGUGUGUGUUGACAGCUCAGGCAGUCGUGGGCGACACCAACAGCAACAGAGGGUUAUUCUCCCUGUCCAUUACCCAGGAAGGGUACAACGUACUGGACCGAUUGCUGCAUAUCCAACUCGCACCAGCAUGGGCCCUCAUGGCAAUCCCAUAACGGUACUUACUGUGGAGCGACCAGUGGAGCCUCCUUUUCUUACUGGAUACAGGCCUGUAUCAAUAGAUCAGUCAGCUCCAGGCCAUCACUGUGAUCUGGAACAUGCUUCAUAUGCACAAGCUGGUCAUGGCUUCCGGCGUUCCAAGUAUGGAGGAAGAGGCUUCAAUACUGCUACCUGUUACUCCCAAUAUGAAACCAUGUACCAGCACUACUACUUUCAGGGGUUGAGUUACCCACAUCACCAGGAAACAGCAGGUGGUAGUCAGCUACCUAGAGGAAUGGAAAAGGGCUUGAACCAUGCCUUUCAGACGGGUGCUAAUUUGUUAUACCAGCCUGCUCCCACCAUGAUGCACAUGGCUCCUACAUCAGCUAGUGGGAGCUGCUUCCUUCAUAGUCAGCACCAACAUCGCUCAGUUUGUAGUGGCUACUUAGCUGAUGUACCCUGCAGUGACAGUAGCUCCAGUUCCAGCACCAGCUCAGCAAAGGGACAUGCCUCAUCUAGCGAUUCCAUGCUGGACUGCACGGAGGCAAGCAACCAGGGAGUAUAUGGCAGCUGCUCCACCUUUCGAAGCUCUCUCAGUAGUGACUUUGAUCCAUAUGUGUACAGGAGUCGAAGUCCUGCUAGGACUGGAGUAGGGGAUGCCACUGCAUGUGGGGGGGAUGUUGGGACAGGACUUGGAAGAGGGUUGUCAGACUGCAGACCUCACCAGACUUUCCCAAAUUCUUCCUCUCGGGACCGCCUGUCUAGCUGCAGCCUGGAAAUGAAUUAUAGCAGCAAUUCAUCCCUAGAGCGCCGAGGGGCUGCUGUGGCCUCUGGGUUAGUCCCAGAAGCCUCUUGCUCCAUCUCACAAGGAGGUGGAAGAGACUGGCGGGGGCCUGAAAAUGGCUGCCCUUGUUGUUUUCAAAGGCCUACUGGAGAUCUCAAUCCGGACUGCACAAACUUGUAUAUGGGUACUGAACCCCAACAAGCAACAGCUGCACCCUCCAGUGGAGGCUUGUACAGUGUUACCUCCAGCCUUUUACACCGGACAGAGCCAGGGUCAGUACUUGGCCAUUCUGCCCGGUCCUGCUGCCUCUAUGAGGAAAAUCAUGGAAGCUGCUACUCUGAGGACUAUGCCGUCAGCAUUCAGUAUGCCCUGGCAGAGGCAGCAGCGGCAGCAGCUGCUGCUGCGGUGGCUGGGCGUGAAGCUGGUCAACCAAUACCCAUCAUUCCCGAAGAUCCAGGCUACGAGGGUGGCUUAGAUUGUGUGGGACAUGUCUCUUGGGAGAUGGAGGGUGAUGACGAUGAGGAGGAGGUACUUUACUGCCAAGAAGGACCUUGUGUGCUAGUAGAGGAGACUCGUGCCCUGUGUCGAAACACAGGAACAGAGGCAUCUGGAAAUGUCACAGGCUGUCACCCCACAGACAAAGACUGAGCACUAAGGAUACAAACUACUAGGAUUAGAUCGAAUCUUGUGGAAUAUUUUAUGAACUUUUAAUAAAAGAAGAAUAAAAAAAUACACAAUUUUUAUUUUAUAAAUAUUUUUGACAAGAGUUGGACUAAUUUCACCAUGAUCUGGAAUCCACAACACAGUACAACCACUUUUACCUGCUUUAUUCCCUGGACUCAGCAAUUGGAGAAUCUGUGUUAUUUGUUUAGGUGUUUUUAUUUUUUAUCUUUUAUUUUAUAAAUAUAUAUAUAUAUAAAUAUAAAUAUAUAUAUAAAUAUAUAUUAUUUUUUGGUUGCUGUUUUAGAUUUUUUUUUUCCUUGUGAGUUUGUACAUGCGCAAGAACUGUCUUUUCCUGAUGAAAAAGAGAUAUAUAUUUUUUCAAUAAAAUAAACAAAAUAUUAAUAUUAUUUUUAUCUGUUGGCUAUGAAGCCUGGAAAAAAUACAAAAAAGAGUGAUCAGGGGUUAACUUUGUUUUUGUCUGCCUCUUUAAAUGACAAAUUAUUUUGUAUUUAAGUUGAGCCUUUGCUAAACAUUGUCCUAAUUUGUAUUCUAUAUAGCUGCAGUUUAUAUUUAUGGUGCAUUCUUUGUAAUGAUCAUAAGCUAAAACCACUUUUAUGUUACAAUAAUAAUUUUUUACAUGAAUGUAUUUGUGCAAUGCAAAUAUAUUUUAAAUGUUUAUUUUCAUGCCAUAUUUUUAGAAUGGUUUGUGUUUAUAUAUCAGUAAGUCAGUUUGCAAGCAAUAUGUAAAAAAAAAAAACUGGUCCUGGUUAAAACAUAUUUACUUCCCCCAGUGAAAGCAGCCAUUUUGUUUUUUUGGACUGGUUUUGCCCAUUUCACUUUGUGCCUUAGUGAUGUCACUAGUUUUUGUGGGAAGGGUAUAUUUUCAUGAAUAAUAAUUCCACUAGGUACACUGUUUAUACUAAACUGCAGAUGUGUUCCUAUGAGUGCCACCUAAAUAGGGAUGUUAUUCAUUCAGCUGAUACUCAGCUCUCUAUGCUUUCUAUUGGUAUAGAACACCCAGGUAGGCAUCCAGUGAGUAGCCCAGCCAUUGUUGCCAUGUGUUUUUAGUGAACCGGUGACCUUAUGUCUUGGCUUAGUUAAAAACAUUUUCUACAACAGGAUGUGAUUAAGAUAACGGCUACAAAACCUUAGGCAAUACUGCACCCCAUGUAAAGCCCAAUAAUAAGGAGUGUCCUAAAAUAUAAUUUAUGAGAGCAUUCAUGUGUGGCGAGAGAGGUUAUUUUAUCCGUAUUCAGCAAUGUUAGGAUUUAUAUCAAGUUAUCAACUCAUUCAUAGAUCUCAUCGUAAUGGCAUAUGAUCAUGCAACACCUAAAUAUUACUCAGCCCAUGCACUUACUGAUACAUUUCCAUGCCAAAUAUAUGGAUUAUAUUAGGAUUAACAAAAAUCAGCUGUUUUUCCCCUUGUGAUCUUAUAUUGAUCAGUCUGCAUUUUUAUUCCAGCACUUGCAUUGCUUCUACAUAUUAGAUUGGCAGAUUUCAUCAUUUUUGGAGGAAACCUACUGGACACAUUGGAUUUUUUUUCCAGCCAGUUGCUUUUACUUCCUCAAGAUUAAAGCUUGACACACAUAUUACGAAAAAGUUACCUAAAAUGUGGUCUCCCAACCCUCCCUUGGCUGUAGGUGUCAGUCUUUAUUUACCUUUGCACUUUUGUCUUUAUCAGAAUGUGAAGGUUUUUGGUGGAGCUUUUUCAGGUGUAUGGCAAUCUUUAAAGCGGACUCAUUGUUUCUGAGAAAUAGAUUAAGUAAUGGUAGAGGAAAUUAUAAGACAUUUCUCAAAUACGUAUCAUUAGCGAAUCUGAUUACUUCCUCCAGUAAUAACGCCCAUACACACUGAAGAUUUUCAGCUCGGGGAAUUUGCUUGCAGUUGAAUCCCAUGGGAUUAUGCUGCUCUGUGCACACUACUGAAGUUCCAUGGUGGAUGUUCAGAUACACUCUUUCAGUAGAAACCGCUCAGAAAAGCCUGUUAGUCAAGGAGACUUUUCAUACCACUGCUUAUCUCCAUGAAUAAAUUCUGGGCAACAUGGAUGCACUGACUGAAUGCAGCGGGGAAAUUUCUUAGUGUGCAUAGAUAGACCUUUACAUUGACACAGGGUUUACUUUAACUUUAGAAAGGUCUGAAGACAGACUCUUCUAUUCCGGAUGGUACAAACUGUGAGGGGAGGAGCUAACUCUAUUGGUAAAGUGGAACCUAGUGCUGAGAUCUGGUCAGGAUAUGUGAUGAGCAAAUAAAUUCCCUUGUUGAGCCACUUUAUAGAGUUUCUGGUCCAUAUAAUACAAUGGGAGAAUUGGAUUGCCUAUUUUUCUUAUAAAUUAGCAAAAAAAUCUAGGCAAUGAAUGUGAAUCCCAGUAGACAGCUAAUGCCAGGUGAAAAUUUUCCUUACCUCCCUCCAGGAACCUAAACAUUACUAAGUACAGAAUAUUAUUUAUCAGCCAUGUAUUAAAGGGGUACUCCGGUGGAAAACUUUUUUUUUUAUUUUUUAAAUCAACUGGUGCACGAAAGUUAAACGAGCACAGUGCUCUCUACUGACACCUCUGUCCAUUUUAAGAAUUGUCCAGAGUAGGAGAAAAUCCCCAUAGCAAACAUAUGCUGCUCUGGACAGUUCCUAAAAUGGACAGAGAUGUCAGCAGAGAGCACUGUGCUUGUGAUGUCAGCAGAGAGCUCUGUUCCAAAAAGAAAAGAAUUUCCUCUGUAGUAUUCAUCAGCUUAUAAGUACUGGAAGGGUUACGAUUUUUUAAUAGAAGUAAUUUACAAAUCUGUUUAACUUUAUGGCACCAGUUGAUUUAAAAAAAAUAAAAAAUAUUACCCCGGAGUACCCCUUGGAAGUUUCUUUGUGUAUUAUGCAGCCCAGCUAAGAGGGGAGGAUACAGCUGCAUGUAUAGGACUAAUUUGUUAGAGAAGGCUACAGCUGCUUGUAAAGAGUAAAUCUAAAUCUUUCAAUACAUACACCUAAAACCAGCAGCAGCCACACCAAGAGGAGAAAGCUGUGAUAACGUUUUACCUCUUUUUCUGCUACUUCUAGCCUCCUGCUGCUGCUUCAUAAUAAACAUGGAUCUUUACAUUGUUUCGAAUAUAAUAUUUUAAUCUAUUACUUGAUGAGGUUUCCCAUGAAGUGUUGAGGUUUCCCCAGCAGUCUCAGAUGAGUGAACUAUCAAGUUGACCUAGCCAAUAUGUUCAAACAUGCCGGGGGGGGGUUUAUCAGUAAAAACAUGCCCUCUCCCUAGUGCCACUCCUCUCCUAGCAAGAGUUUUAAUAGAGUAAAACAAUAUACUGUGCAGUGGGAAAUACUGAACAUUAAAAUGCCAUAGUUUUUAUAUUACCACUCAUACACAUUAUAUUCUCAUAUUGACGACUUGGGAAUUAAAUAUGUAUUUUUAAUAAAAACUAAGCAAGAAUAUGCACCACCAUUAACCAUGUUUUAUGAUUUACCUUCUGUCCAUAAGAGUUAAUGAGAUGUCAGAAUGACAUGUGUUACUAAGAAGUGGAGGAGACACCGGCUGUAUUGAAGAGCUUUAGCAUUAGUAAAUAAUUCAUACACUUUUCAGUGAAGCAAUAGAAUUGAAAAUAUGGAGCUUUCCCUUUAGCUUUAUAAAAAUAUUUCAGGCCAGAAUCCUUUCUAUUUUGCAUUUAAUACAUUGCAAAGUGCAUAUUGACUGCACUUUUAAAAAAAAAAAAUUUUUUUUUAAGGGAAACCUAUCUGGACAUUGUAUGUUUCUAAACUUCGACCACUGCCUUAGACUGUAGGGAAGAAGGAUUCUAAGCACAUUCCUAUAUGUUUCUUUUUUUUUGGUGCAUUAUAUAAAAAUACAAGGUUAGAACACAGCACAUGCAAAAUUCUAGGAAACAAGCCAUCUAGUUAUUACAAUCCAGCUCCGCCGAUGAAGCAGAGGCCAAUACACCUUACUUCUCUGUGCACGCACCAGAUUCCUGCCAAAGCUGACUGUAAUGACAUAUUCUGGACUGUGGGAUGUCAAUCAAGCAGAAAAGGGCGUAAAAUGUCCGGAUAGGUUCCCUUUAAAAUGAAUUGGUCCACUAUACUUGCCAACCAUUUUUGUGGCAAAAGAGUUUUUGUACCAAAUUCAGUACUUCCUGUUUUCUUUUAUUUUCCAGAUAGGGGAAGUUUUUGGAACUUGUAACUACUUUUCUUUUUACUGACUAUUCCCUUUCAUUGCUGUAUCUACUUUAGUAGGGAUACUGGGUCUGGUGACAAAUAGGCUUCAGUUAGGUCAUUGGUUUCUUAUGGACUUGAUAGACUGCAUUCUUGGUGAUGUCUUUUGUAAAUUAUUAAAAUGUGUUGAAUGAAAAAUUAAAAAAUAAAACCUAUACAGAAUAUAGUCUGUGCUGGAUGAUAAAUAAAUUAAAAAAUAUAUAUACAGAAUAUAGUCUGUGCUGGAUGAUAAAUAAAUAAAAAAACCUAUACAGAAUAUAGUCUGUGCUGAAUGAUAAAUAAAAAAUAAAAAAACUAUACAGAAUAUAGUCUGUGCUGAAUGAUAAAUAAAAUUAAAAAAAACUAUACAGAAUAUCGUUUUGAGCAUUAAAACAUAUUUUUAUCUAAUAUUAUGAUUGUUCAAUUUGAAUAGAAAUUGUCCUAGCAAGUUCUGGCAUAUUGAGCUGGAGCCCUGCAGUACUGACCGGUAGCUAGGUAUCCCCUAUAUGAAAGCUAAAGUGAAAUAAUUUAAUUAUACUUGGACAAUAUUUUUGUGACUUGCAGUUAGCAUUUGGUAUUAGUAUAGUGUUAGGGUCUGGUUAAAGAGGCAGACAUGUUAACUCAUUAUUGUUAAUACUACUGUAGGAAAAGAGACCUUUCGGGUGGCUGUUCUCUAGCAAACAGCUCUGUAAUAAGCUCAGGGUAAUGCCUGCCUUUGGUUAAGAGAUAAGACAAUUUGGUGAUACUUCAAGCUAACAUUGGAUCGGGUACUUGUUUGCUCUCGUGUGUUGAACCGCAGUACUAAAUAGUUUGCUAUUGAUGACUUGUACUAAUGUGACGUAUUUAGAUCUAACACAAUAGAACAUGUUCUGUUCAAUUCCAUAUUGUUGUCUGUGCAUCCAGAAAGCAGCAUAGCCUUACAGGUCUCACCAGCACUGAAAUUAAAAUGCUGCUAACAAUUCUAGUCUGUUUAAUGUUGGACAGGGCACAAGACAUAUUGGAAUUAUUUUUGCAUAUCUCCCUAUAGUCAAUAAUAUUUUGAUCUUGCUGGAUCAUGUAGUUAGGAGCUGCAUAGAUUGAUCAACUAAUGGGUAUCGGUUGUUGCGUACCCACAUGCUCUCUUUAAAAAAAAAAAUGUAUAUAAUGUAAAGAUAUUGACCAUGUAAUUUCUUGACCAAGAAAAUAAUUAUAAUAUGGAUCUGAAGCUUCAGUCCCCAGCUCUCAGUGAUCUACGUCCUGCGGCUCCUUUAGAAGUCUGGACAUAUACUACAAGCUGGGAAGAGAAGCACGCUGCCAUGUGCCUCUCCCCAUUAAUUCUCCGGAGAUAAUGAGCUGUACAUGAAUGAGUUGGCACUGGACAACCAUUGGCAGAUUAGAGCGAGGGUUAUAAAGUUGAGAUCAUAUGUGGUAUAUGGUAUAACUCAUUAUAGUACGCAUGGUGUGUUGGCCAAUUAUUGUUAAUUGCCCACUUCUUAAACACAUGCCUUCCUGCCCACCAUUAAGUGCCUUGUGUACCAUACUGGGGUAUACUUAUGAGAUCAGUCUAUUGCCAUUUAAUCCAUUGCUCUCUAGAAAGUCACGGAUGAGUGCUUCACCUGUUAAAACAAUUGCCAGAUUAAUCGUAAACAGUUUUUUCUUAAGGCAACCAAUCACAGCUUAGCUUUAAUAUCUUAACUAGCUGAGCUGUGAUUGGUUGCUGUAGGAGGCAAUAUUUAAAACUGGGAGCAGUUAAUAACAGCCAAAUACAUUUUUACAUUACCCAAUAAAGUUAUUAAAAAUAAAAACUCUAUUCUGAUUGGUUUCUCUGAGCAAAUAGUGCUUUUGGACUACGCUAGUUUUAUAUGCAAGGUUAUUCUUAUAUGAAUUGUAUAGACAUUAAUUCUUCAUUGGUUAUUAAAUACUUCCCUUUACAAAAGACCAUGAUUAUAUAAUAUGUUUUAAUAGAAUCACAUUGACCAGAAUAAUUUUUCUAGAAAUUUGUAAAAUAAAAGUACUUUUUUUUUUUUUUUUCAAGGGAGCAACGGUAAUUUUUUUUUUUCUUUUUUUUUUUACAUUUAUAUUUGUAUGUUUUUUUUUUUGUUUUGUUCUGUUUUUAUUUCUUGCCUUUUUGGUACUGCAGCUUUAACAGAUAUUGUGUAGCACUUAAAAGAAUAUUAUGAGGAAACCUAUUUUGGGAUAUAUCUUUUCCAAUCAAAGCUUCUACCAGUAAGAAUAUUUUUUUUUUAUUUUUUUUUUUAUAUUUUUAAAAUUGUUUGUAAAAAGCUGAAAACAACAACAAACGUGUGUAUGUUAUAUGUAUAUGUGUGCCCUUUUUCAUUUAUGGAGAUGUUCUCAGAAUAUUUAUUUACUAAUAUAUUUAUCUUAAGACAAGUCUUACGUUGAGUGUUAUCGGGGUAAUCAAUGAAUAUAUCUAACACACAAAAAAAAACUUGUUUUUGUAUCUGUCCAGAAAAUGCACAUGGAUGUAAAGUUUCUGACCAAAUUAUGAUUAAGAAAAAGAAAUGAAAUAAUUUUAGUACUAUACAGUUUUGUAACAAAGUGUACAAAUGUCAAAAAUACAAUUUUACC